CAAUCAUCAAAGCCUCUCUCUAUCUCUCUCUUCAACUCCUUGGAAACGCUUUCUCUCUCUCUCUCCCUCAAAUGUGAUUUGGAGAAUACCUUCGAACCCUAAAAUUUCACACGGUGAAUCCCGCGUUCACGGACUCUAUUACGGGAUAUGAGCAAAGAACACCCGCCUGAGCCGCUUGAUUUCUUCAUCUGGACUGUUGAGGAUGUCGGGUUGUGGCUGGAGGAGAUAAACUUGGGGAGCUACCGACAGAUAUUCAAAGAAAACGGUGUUAAUGGAGAAUAUCUAGAAAGCAUGUCUAUGUUUACAACCGAACAGAUCCUCCGAUUCAUAAGGAGGUGUCACAUGAAGUGGGGAGACUUCAUCACCCUCUGUAAAGAGCUCAGACGGAUAAAAGUGGCUUGCUUGAAAGGGGAGCAGAAAGUGCGGCGGCCAUGGUGGGCGCCUUCUUGCCUCUCGGUAUUCUUUGUUAAGGCAGCCAAGCGCAACCGACAGUCUCGAGUUGUAUCACUGAAGCUGGAACCUUGACAGGUGACUGGCUUGGCUCUAUGUAUGUAUCGCCUUUCUCUCUCUCUCUCUUUUUUCUCUUCUUCCUUUUUUUUUUCCCGGGUACAAGACCACCACGCAGUAGGAAGAAAUAAACUCAGAAAGAAAAGCCUUCCAGACUCAGUUUGAGGAUCUUACAAGGAAGGGAGAAAAAAGAUUGUGGUUUUGUAGUUUCUUUGAUGCGGCUCUGUUCUUGUAUACAUACAGACAUGCUCUCAUAUGUUUUUAACUCUGGCUUGUGUAAUAAUAUGUUGUCAUAAAAAGCUCUGUUUCCUCCA